UUCCCCCAAACCCCAGGUCCCCAGCCCAAGCAGAGCAGGCAGUGUGUCGAGCUGGGCGCGCAGCCCAAACCCCCGAAGCCAAGGGAAUCGACGCGAGAGAGGCGAGAUGCUGUCGUCUUCCACCUCCACCCUCCGCCUCCCCCACCCAACCGCCGCGCGCCGCCGCCACCAACCGCCGGCGGCGGCGGCGAGCCACCAGUUCCGGUCGGCGGCAGCCGCGCCCCGCCGCCCUUCGUCUGCGGCGGCGGCGGUGGCUGGGCGCCUCCGCGCGCGGCCCCAGCGAGGGGGGACCAUCCGCGCGCUGGACGCCGCCCAGCCGUUCGACUACGAGUCCCGCGCGGCGGGGCUCCUGGAGGAGCGGCAGCGGCUCAAGAUCGCCAUCGUCGGGUUCGGUAACUUCGGGCAGUUCCUUGCUCGCACCUUCGCGCGGCAGGGGCACACGCUGCUCGCUCACUCCCGCUCCGACUACUCCUCGCUCGCCGCCUCCGUCGGCGCCUCCUACUUCCAGGACCCGCACGACCUCUGCGAGUGCCACCCGGAUGUGGUGCUCCUCGCCACCUCCAUCCUCUCUGCGGAGGCCGUCCUCCGCUCGCUCCCCGUCCACCGCCUCCGCCGCAACACCCUCUUCGUCGACGUCCUCUCCGUCAAGGAGUUCCCCAAGAACCUCCUCCUCAGCUCGCUCCCGCCGGACUUCGAUGUCAUCUGCACCCACCCCAUGUUCGGGCCGGAGUCCGCGCGCGACGGCUGGGACGGCCUCCCCUUCGUGUUCGACAAGGUCCGCGUCGGCGACUGCCCCGCCCGCCGCGCCCGUGCCGAGGCCUUCCUCAACAUCUUCGAGCGCGAGGGGUGCCGCAUGGUGGAGAUGACCUGCGCCGAGCACGACGCGCACGCCGCCGAGACGCAGUUCCUCACCCACACCGUCGGCCGGAUGCUCGCCAUGCUGGAGCUCCGGUCGACGCCCAUCAACACCAAGGGUUACGAGACCCUCCUCCGGCUCGUCGACAACACCUGUAGCGACAGCUUCGACCUCUACAAUGGCCUCUUCAUGUACAACAAGAACUCCACUGAGCUGCUCAACCGCCUCGAAUGGGCCAUGGAUUCCGUCAAGAAGAAGCUCUUCGACGGCCUCCACGACGUGCUCCGGAAGCAGCUCUUCGAGGGCUCGCCGCAUGCCCCCAACAACGCCUCCGUCCGGAAGUAGCCGCCGCGCUCCAUGCCUCAAUGGCUACAUGGUACUGUAUCAUCAUGAAAUGCUCUGUUACUAAAGCUAAGUUCUUGGUGCUCAACUGCAUUGCAAUGUGCAAAUCUGCUCCUGUAUUAUUCUUUACAUGGUUCUUUGAACCCUUUGUUCCUUGCCUUGUUCAGCUGUGCUUCAUUCCAAGUAAUUUCCUCUUGGAAAAAAAAAGGCUAUAUUGGAAUUAUGACUAUGUAUAUGAGGAUGAAGAAAUAAAUUUGGCAUUGAAAA